UUUUUCUCACGUAUAUUAACAGUGAUAGUGUUUUAUACAUUUUAAGACUACAUAGUUUGUAAAAGUGAGAGAAUGAAUUUCUAUGUAAAAUAGAAAGAAAUUGAAUGGAGAAGCAUAAUCUCCAAAGUGCUUCCUAUGAAAGUUUUUAUAUCUGAAUUUGACUUUUUGACUUGCAAUUUAAAACUUUACGAUUGCUCAAGAGAAGCUCAACAUUAUGUGAAAGAUAAGAAUGCCUCCUAUUAGUUUAUGGAUAUUUUAAGUAAGAUCAAUUUAGACAUGAGAACUUCUGUCCUUUUUAAGUAAAACACUGACCAAAAAAAAAGCAAGAGCACUAAAAGCAAGAAAGUCAAUUUUAAUAAGCAAAAAGAAGAAAAAGAACAAGAAAAGAUCCACAAUUAUGAAAAAGAAAAGACAUUUCAGUAGAUUUAGAAUGAUCAUGACAAUAACUUGAUUGAUUUAAAAACCUAUUUGCUUCAUAGACAUAUCAGUAUAGAAAAAGAUUAACAAAAAGAGAGUGCAAAACAAAUAAAGUUUAACAUUUUAAAUCCUUUCUAAAGUAAAAAAAAGAAUCAAAACAACAACGAUCAAGAAGAAAUAAAUGCAUAAAAUACUCAAAAUAAAUCCAAUCAAGAUAAAAUUUAUUAGAACAAGCAAAUUGAUGUAUAAAAUCUCUAUAAAAUGGACUCAUUAACUGGAUACUAUUUUGAAGAAGACGAAAAAACUGUCAUAGAAAAGCUUAAAAUAAAAAUAGCUUUUUACCAAUUGUAUAAGCCUUUGUUGGUUGUUUAUUUUGAAGAUCAGACAAUUUAGAAUGAAUACAUAAAUAUUAAAGAAGAAAAGCAAAGAUUUGAUGUCCUAUUUAUUGAGAUUCUUGAGAGCUUUAGAAUUUAGAUUACUCAAAUACUGAAACAAGGGUUUGAUUCUAACAUGCUUAAAUCAACUAAAAACAGAUUAUUACUACUAUUGAAUAAUUUAUAUAUCAUAUUUGAUUACUAUAUGCUUUCAUAAGUAAAAAAAAAUGGUAUCCUAAAUUUGCAAAUCCAAUCUCAAGAACUCAAUAUAAAAAGGAACUCUUUCUCAAUUUAAGAUGCAUUUAAAGAAAUCAAGGAUAUUUAUAAAGAAGCAGUUGCAAUUAAAAUCCCAGAAUCAAUCAAAAAUAAAAUUAUAUUCAAUGACAUACGGAGACUCAAAUAAAUUUUAUUUGCAACAAUAUCCAGCAUGACGAGGAUGUGCUCUAAAUCGUAGAUAUCUAUCGAAGUAAAUUCCGAUUAAGAGAAGAGGGAGUUGUGGAAAGGUAUUAAAUUCACAAUAAAUGGUAUAAAGGACAUUUAAAUAAAAGAAAGCAGCAUUCUUGACUAUUUUUCGUAUGAUAACUGCAAUCAGCUAAAUGAUCUUACGCUGUAUGUUUUGAAUAAUGUUACUAAAAUUAUUGGACCAUUUAAUUUCAAAAGCUUUUGCUCUCCUUCAGAUGAAAUAGUUUUUGAGUUCACAAUUUUUGAAGAUAUUAAAUAAGUUUACAGUCAAUAACAGCAAUAAUAAUAAUAAUCUAUGUUUUUGCUUUAGUCAUAAAAAAAUUCUCCUACUUUGGCUCCUUGCUUAAGCAGUAAAUUAAAUUAGACUUUGAUAAAUAGCUAGGAAGAUGUCACGAAGACAUCAAUUGCUUCACCUUGCGAUUUAAGACAAAGAGCAGUUUCUAAUAAUAUCAUGUUUAACUAAAUAAACUAAUAAGACUUGCCCAAAUAAAAUGAAAAAAAAUAAUCUUAAAAUAUUUUUAAUACAGCCUGUAAACUCCGGAAAGUGAAUACAGUUCACUCGUUUAGCAACAACAAUUAAAACAAUAAAAGUGAAAAUGAAAAUGAAAGUUAGCCUAUCCAAAACAAUCAGUAAAAUAUAGAAACUAGCUAUUAAAAUAAUUCUCAUUAAAUCAAUCAUUCAGAUCUAAGUGAAUACUAAAACUCAUUUUAGUCUUAAUUAUCUAAAAGCAUAAAAAAUUUACCCAAUAAAUUAAAAAAAAUGAAAAGCUUUAAUUUGAAUGAAGAGAUUUUGAAGAAAAAGAAAAACUCUAUCAAUAUCGAGCUUGAUCUUUAAUCGUCAAAUAAAUUAAAAUCACCAAACGACUCAGGUGAAGUUUAAUAGCCUAACACAAGAAUGAGCAUUUUUAGCAAAAAUUAGAUCUUAAACAGAGGAGUGUCAUACUCUUAUAAUAAUAAUAAUAAUAAAUCAGCAAUUAAAUAGUUAGAAAAUAAACAAUUUAGUGAUUCAUCAAUAUAAAAUUAAUUUUAUGAAUAGAGCUAAAUUGAUCAUUAACCGAUUAUUGAUUAUCUAAAUGAUGAAAGCAAGCAUGAGUAUUUUUUAAGCUCUAAUAAAAUUAUGGCUAAUUUCCAAAAAGAAUUAAAUGACUAAUCCUACCAACAUUAGCCUAAGAUCUAGCAAAAAGUCAUCUUGGAUAUUAACUCCUAAGAAUCAGAUAGCGAAAAAUCACAAAAAAUGGAUUAAAUUAAUUUAGAAGAUUCUGAAAAAAACACCCAUAAAAAUGGCCAAUGUUAAUUUUCCUCUCAAACUCUUAAUGAGGAAGUUAAUCAACUCGACUUUUAGCAUAUCAAAAACUUUAUCUAUUCUUAAAACUUUAAAACCUUUACAGAUAAUUAACUACUAAACAAAUUACAUUUUAACUAUAACAAUAAAUCAACUUUACCUAAUAAAAACUUUUUAGAGUAAAGCUGA